AUUUAUUGCGCCACGCUCAGCUCAGCCACGAUGGUUGAUCGUAGCGAGGUAGAAAUGUCGCGUGUGCCAAUUCUAGUGAUUCUGGGUGCCACGGGUUCCGGAAAAUCUCGACUGGGUAUCGAACUGGCUCGUCGCUUCUCUGGGGAAAUCAUCUCGGCCGACAGCAUGCAGACUGCCGAUUCACACGGAACUUCAAACGAUGCGGCCUCGCUCGGGGAAUCGGGAUCAGUACCGGGAUUGUUCCUUCUCUCAUCGAGCCAGAAUCCCUUGGGGACAUAUCUCGCACGAUUAGACGUCGCGCGAAAAUGUCUUUAAUCUUUGCACGAAGCCUGCGCCAGAUGUGUACAAAAGUCUGGAUAUUGUUACUGCGAAAGUAACCAUGGCGGAAAGACAGGCGGCACCACAUCACAUGCUGGACGUCGUGGAUCCGCUGACCAACUUCUCCGUAAUGGACUUCAGGGAUAUGGCCUUGCCGAUUAUAGACAACCUGCUGACCAGGAGGAAACUGCCCGUUGUCGUCGGCGGUACAAACUAUUACAUAGAAUCGCUGUUAUGGGAGAUCCUUAUUGCCGAUCCGAAAAAACCGUCAGUGCAAACCGACUCAAGCGCGACCGAUCCGAGCGCAUCUAUCGAGAACAGAUCGGACGACCGAUAUAACGUACGGCAGAAUAGUGAUGAUGAUGAUAAUGAAACGUCACCGUCGAAGAAGUUGAAAUUCGACGCGAGAUUAUGUGACGCAAGCAACGAGGAACUACAUCGAAGACUGAUGGAGAUCGAUCCGGAGAUGGCGCGUCAAUUGCAUCCUAACAACAGGCGGAAAGUUAUAAGAUCUCUGGAAGUCUUCCAUCAACACGGAAAAACACAUUCCGAGCUUCUGAAAGCCCAACGCACCGCCGGUGGCUGCGGAUUAGGAGGACCCCUUAGAUAUCCAAAUUCUAUUAUUCUCUGGCUGCGCUGCAAUAAGAAAGUCUUAGACAACAGACUGAACGACAGGGUCGACGAUAUGCUGAAGGCCGGUUUGCUGCAGGAACUACUCGACUUUCAUCGCAGAUACAACGAGCAACGGAUUAAGUCCAACACGUUACCUGAUUACACGAAAGGCAUCUUUCAGACUAUCGGCUUCAAGGAGUUUCAUCCUUAUCUCAUAUUGUCCGAAGAGGAGCGCGCGAGCGAGAAGGGAAAAAAAUUACAGCAGCAAGGGGUCGAUGAUUUAAAACUCGUCACUAGAAGAUAUUCCAGGAAGCAAAAUAAAUGGGUGAUGAACAGACUAAUUCGACGUGGUGAUCGACAGGUUCCUCCUAUUUAUUCUUUAGACUGCACUGACGUGACGAAAUGGGACAGCUGCAUCCUAGAACCCGCAACAGCGAUCAUUUCCGCAAUAAUGCGCGGUGAAAAACCUGAACAACGACCAUUGAACGAAAAUUUCAAGAACCAGAAAACUACUGACAGCAGUACGAAUACAUAUCACUAUUGCGAGAUCUGCGAAAAAAUAUUUGUCGAAGAGAAUCAAUGGCAAGCACAUUUGAAUGGUAUGAAGCACAUGAAAGUCUUAAAAAAGAAGAUAAAAACGGAGAAGUCACACACCCAAAAAAAUCAUUCGACGUGACAUCUACCAGUAUCGCUAUAAAUGUGCGAAUGUUCAUUCUUGCAUUUAUAUCUAAUCGAUCAAAUGAUCAAAACUGUGAUUAUACUCGCAUAACAAUACAUUUUACAAACGAUAAUCAAUGUAAAUAUAUUACCUGCACAGAAAAUAUACUUAUAUUCUUAA